AUGAAACCUUUCGCUACUAUUUACCGUGUUUUAGAUUGGGGUUACUACAACAUACAAAUUUUUGCACCAAUCAGUAGACAAAAGGUGCAAAAUAGCUACAACUACUUUGAGUGCUCUUCUAACAAAUAUUUAAUACUUACUGAGGCAUUUAGAAUUUUAGAUAAAGUCGAUAAGUCACUGCAUAAAUUAAACUCAGAAAUUUCUUUUAAAGGGUUGCGCACGUAUACUCACUGUAUAUUCGGUUUUUUAUCUCUAAUUUUUAUAUUUCCCGUCUAUAAUAAUUUUGUUAUUUUCAAAUCUGUGUUUACACAAAUAUCUGAAUCGAUAGCUUUUGGAACACCUGUACUCUUAAUGUUAACGUUACUAUAUUUUUGGUCUUCUGUGUGUACCACAAUAUAUAACAGAUUUGUUCUAAUUAAUUACCACAUUACACAAAUAAAUUCUGAAAAGUGUACCCAAGUUUAUUUGCAGCAAAAAAUACAUUUUAUGUCAAAACUGCAUCAACAGUUGUGUAAAAGCGUGAAAUGUGUUACAGAGAGCUCGGGAUGUGUUCUUCUUGUUGUGUAUUUCCUGUUCUUAGUUUUUUUCACUGUUGCAAUGCUUAUUUUCUCGGUAUUCAGUAAAAAUACUCUACUUCUGCAGUUAUCACAUGAGAAGAUAGAAUUUACUUUAUGUGGGUUGUUUGAUCUAAAUUUGAAUAAGCUAUUACAGAGUAUUGGAAGUACAAUCACAGUGGUAAUGUUUUUAUUACAAGUCCAGAAAAUUUCACAUGACUGA